AUGCUGGGAUUUAACGACCAGCACCAGGAAGAAGAUAUGAAUUCGACAGCAACGCAAGAACACGAAACGGUAAGUUUACCCGUUAUCUAUUUGCCCCCGGAUUUCGAUGCGAUUUUGAUUUUUCCGAGGACGAAAUCUCUUUUAAAUGUUGCCCGCCAAAUGGGAGUCCAAGCGACCCAUGCCGCACUCCGCUCAAAUAGGCAUAUACUCCUCCUCUACCAAAAUGUGGAGUUGGAAGAAGGAGAGGAGGUAGCUCCGGAACAUCUCCAUGUCGUUGGUGCUGUCGCAAAUAUCAUCGAAUCUUAUGAACCCGGCGACGGCACUAUCCGUAUCGCUAUUGCCUCAGAGCAUCGCGCAAUAGUCCUCCGUUUUACAGAGACUGAUGACUUUUUGAGUGCAGACGUGCAAAUCGCCCACGAGGAGAUAGGCUUAGCGAGCACUUCCGAGUCUCUCAUGAAGGAAGCCAGAAAGCUUUUCAAUGAGUACGCAAAGACGCGGCAGCAGGAACAGGGGAGGAGUUCACAACCUCAAGGUUUGACCUCUGACGAAGUCAAACGCUCUAUUAAGGAGCAAGAAGAACCUGGGCAUCUUGCAGAUACUAUCGCUGGAAUUCUCAAUCUCGCUCCAUCGGAACGCCAAUCUGUCAUCGACGAACUUAAUCCCAUUAAGCGUUUACAACUCAUCAUCCAGUUUUUGCAUCAGGCACUGGAACGUAAUGAACUUCGUGAUGACAUUCAUAAUCAGGUUCGCGAAUCCGUCCAGAAGACGCAUCGCGAAUUCUACCUUCAGGAACAGAUGAAGGUUAUCCAGAAAGAGUUGGGCAGAGAUGACAUCGCCGAAGUUGAUGAGCUGCGAGAACAGGUGAAAAACGCCGGAAUGUCUGAAGAAGCCGAAGAAAAGGCUCUCAAAGAGCUUGAUCGGCUUGCACAGAUACCCUCGCAAUCUGCCGAAUCUGGUGUUAUCCGCACCUAUGUUGAUUGGAUACUCGCGCUGCCGUGGAAAGAGGAAACUGAGCAUCAACUUGGGCUCUCUGAAGCGCAGCGGAUACUCGACGAGGACCACUACGGGUUAGAGAAACCGAAAGAAAACGUGUUGGAAUACCUUGCUGUUUUACAACUCGUCAAACACCUCAAAGGACCUAUUAUCUGUCUUGUUGGUCCUCCAGGCGUUGGAAAAACUUCACUCGGCAAAUCGAUUGCCCGCGCCACAGGUAGGAAGUUUGUUAGAAUGUCGCUCGGUGGUGUUCGAGACGAAGCAGAGAUCCGUGGACACAGACGCACCUAUAUCGGUGCAAUCCCUGGACGUAUCAUUCAAGGGCUCCGCGAUGUCAAGUCGAAAAAUCCACUGUUCUUGCUUGACGAGAUUGAUAAACUCAGUUCGGAUUUCCGAGGAGAUCCGGCGUCUGCCCUCCUUGAAGUGCUCGAUCCGGAACAGAACUCUACUUUCCGGGAUCAUUACAUGGAUAUCGCAUUCGACCUCUCCGAUGUUAUGUUUAUUACGACUGCCAACACUCGUGUUACCAUACCGCCUGCACUCCAGGACCGGAUGGAAAUCAUUGAAUUGCCGGGUUAUACGGAUUUUGAGAAGCAUAACAUUGCUACUUUUAUACCGAAUGGGCUUAUCCCCAAGCAACUCGAACGCCAUGGGCUUUCAGCUGACAAUGUCGCCUUCACAGACGACGCCAUCUUUGAGAUGAUUCACAAGUACACGCGUGAGGCUGGGGUGCGAAACCUUGAACGCUCACUUACUAACGUCAUGCGAAAGGUCGCGAGGGAGAUCGUCACCGAAGAGACACCGGAUCUCAAAGUUGAAGUGACACCUGAGAAUUUAAGCGAUUAUCUCGGACCCGCGAAGUGGACGCGUACGAAAGCCGAAGAACACGAUGAAGUCGGGGUCGCCACAGGGUUGGUAUGGACCCAAAUUGGCGGUGAUAUUGUUUCUGUUGAGGCAACAAAGAUGCACGGGGAAGGCAAACUAAAUAUGACAGGGCAACUUCAGGAAGUGAUGCGUGAGUCUGUCCAGACUGCUGUCGGCUAUAUCCGCUCCCGCGCGGAAUCUUUUGGACUCUCCGACAAUCGGUUUGAACAGCAGGACAUCCAUAUUCACAUUCCUGAAGGCGCAGUGCCGAAGGAUGGUCCGUCUGCUGGCAUUACCGUCGCCACGGCGAUUCUUUCUGCGCUAACUGGGAAGUCUGUUCGCAAAGAUGUCGCGAUGACAGGGGAGAUUACACUCCGUGGGAGGGUCCUGCCGAUUGGUGGCUUAAAAGAAAAGGUUCUCGCUGCCUAUCGGAACGGUAUCUUUGAAAUUAUUAUUCCUGAGGACAACGAGAAGGAUGAGGCUGACAUUCCAGCCGAAAUUCGGGAAGGUCUCCGUUUUCACAAAGUCAGCGAUAUGACACAGGUGCUGGAACAGGCACUAACGGAUCCGAUCAUGGAACCCGAAGUUCCCGUAGAAGUGCCGGUCGCCUCCCAACCACCAGUGUAG